AUGAUGGCACGAUAUUUCCAAUCUGAAUUCUACCAACAUUCACCAUCAACAUUAGACGUGGCCCCAGAAGACGACGAGAUGAGCGUGUUGGACGAUAAGAUUCUGGACCCCAGUUCCGAAGACCUUUCCGACAACCGCCGCUCUUCCUACGACGCUCCAGAUGCCUACUCACAUCGUGAUUCCAUCUGGUCCAACUACUCAAAUACCAGUUCCAACCAGUCCCGUUCAAAUUCUCAUUCGCAUCUUGGACAUGCCAUGAUGAACUCGACUGCCUCAUUCAUGCCUGUUGAUGGCCCUCAAUCAACCUCCUACCCACAGACAUCUUGGUCUAUGCCACGCACGGAUUCCGGGUCAUGUACCCCGACCGUGGGCUAUGACCAGUACGCUGCGGAUGGAGACCAGAACACCACCGCUCCUUUCUCUGGUGGGGCUGUUGGCCCCGUCGGCGCCAUUCCCAUGAACCAUAUGUCUUAUCGCGGUGGUAUGGCCUUUGCGCCGCCUGGCAGUGUUGCCAUGUCACCGCAGUCAAGUCAGGGCUGGAUGCCGGCGCCGAUGGAUUUGGCCGAAGCAGCCUCACACUCGAACAAGAGUCCGACGUAUAGAAAUGACUCGCCGUUGACUGUUCGACGGGACGGAAUUCGAAAGAAGAACGCCCGCUUUGAGAUCCCCGCUGAGCGGACUCUCAGCAAUAUCGAUCACUUGAUCAGCCAGUCCACCAAUGAGGAUGAGAUCAAGGAACUCAAGCAGCAAAAGCGACUGCUGCGAAAUCGGCAGGCAGCACUGGAUUCUCGGCAACGCAAGAAAUUGCACACCGAGAAACUAGAAGAUGAAAAGAAGCGGUUUACCGCCAGAAUCGGGGAUCUCGAAGAAGCACUGCAAAACAUGAAAAUGAGAGAAGCAGAGCUGAUGCGCGAGAAGAACGACUGGAUCGUCACCCAUGGGCAGAUGAACCAGUAUAUCGAAGGCCUGCACAUGGAAAAAGACGAGAUCAUCCGUGUGCACACGCUGGAAACAGCCGAACUGCGGAAGAAGAACAACAUUCUGAUGGAGACCGUCGACAAGUUGGAGCGUGGUGUCAAGCCCGUCCAGGAAAACCUUCCUGGCGACUUCACCGGCUUUGAGAACUUGACCAUGGAAGGCCAGCCAUGGGACGACUUCUCCCUGUCCAACGGACUCCCUUUGCAAUCAGAAUGUGUUCCAGUCCCUCGUCCCCAAGUCGGACAGCAGGCCAAGGCCCCGGAGAAAUCCAACGGGUCAGAGAUCAGCUGGAAUGCCUUCUACAUGUGCCUGCUCUUCGGCGCCUUCAUCGCCUCCAACGGCACUUCCCUCCCCGGCCGCUCUUUGCCUCAACUCUCCGAAGAGUACCGUGCUGAGUCAGCCAACGUUCUCAAGGCAGUUCUUGCCUCAUCGGGCGAGCUGACCCAUCCCCACUCUAGCCAUGCGACAGUUACCGGCCCGGCGCCGGCAACAAUCAGCGGCAUGGAGAUGGCGCAGAUGAGCUCCGGGCAGGCCGUGCCCUCGAGUCUUGACCAGCUGCACAGCACGCUGGUCAUGCCGACAGAGGAACAGGAGCGUGAACAGGCUUUCUCACUGAAUGCUAACCAGUAUCACUCUCUAACAACGUUUGAAGACGAUAGCGGCGCGUUCAAGCCGCAGCAGCCCUCGACGCUGCAGCAGGCGCUUGCCGCCAUGCGCGAUACUGCCGCGCAGCAGAGUCGUAUGCACUCGGCUGCGUCUUCGGAUGUGUAUUCCAGAUCGCUGAUGUGGGACCGUGUGCCUGACAAGGUUAUCCGUGACUUCCGCCGUAUGGUGCAGGACUAUGCUAUCCCCGUAAAAGAGGAAGGUAUUUUCCAUGCCUAA